GGUUUGCCUUCCCAUUGUCCCCAUUAUUGUUGACUGUAUUGCAAGUCAUCUAACCCCCGAGCUCGAGAAAUUACGUAUGGGACGCCGUGCAUAACCUGAGAAAAGGUGAUCUACCGCGUUUGAGGAACCAGAUCGAGUUGACUGAGACCGACCUCGACGACACGUAACACGUUGCGGUACUUCCUUUGAGCGGCGACCUCGCAAGCGCUUCCAUCGAGACAAAACCAUUGCGUGAAGCUUGGUACUGCGCUCAGUCUUUUGUAGCGCAUGCGGAGUCUCCCGUUGCGCCUCGCGACCCUGCCUUGCUUGCGACUCCACAGCACCGACCGCUCUGUGGUAUCUCCUAUCAGGCGCUUCACCAUGGGCUCUCUCGAUCCCGACUGGAAGCCGAUCCAUGCUCGAGAGAACGUACCUGCAUACAGGCUCUUCACAAAGCCAAUCGAAAAAUCGGAACAAGAUGACAGGGACUACAGGGUGAUAGAACUGCUUAAUGGACUUCAAGCUACUAUCGUAUCAGACCCUGCAGCGGAUAAAGCUGCUGCCAGUCUCGAUGUAGCAGUUGGGCACCUGUUUGAUCCCGAUGAUAUGCCAGGUCUGGCACAUUUCUGCGAACAUCUAUUGUUCAUGGGUACGGAAAGUUAUCCAAAGGAAAACGAAUAUUCUGAGUUCUUGGCGAAAAACGGCGGCGCCUCUAAUGCUUUCACGUCCACCAUGAACACCAACUACUAUUUCCGAGUCAACACUCCUGCUCUGAGGGGCGCGCUUGCCCGCUUCGCCGCCUUCUUCCACUGCCCGCUUUUCUCGCCGAGCUGCACCCUCCGGGAACUGAAUGCCGUAGAUUCAGAACACAAGAAGAACCACCAAAAUGACAUAUGGCGGAUAUAUCAGCUCAACAAGAACCUCAGUCGAGAAGGGCAUCCUUGGAGCAAGUUCGGCACAGGUAACAAGGCGACUCUGGAACAGGCAGCACGACAAGCAAGGAAGAAAGGCCUUCUCGGUCCCUCGAAACUAGGGGAUGACAAUCUGGAGCCUUCUCGGAGCCCUUCGCCAGCGCCAUCUCAGGCAUCUACGACCGUCAGCGAAACAGAACCUGAUGGAGGUGUUGUUGGCCGAGAAACGAGGCGUCGCUUAGUGGAAUGGUGGACCAAGGAAUACUGCGCAAGUCGGAUGAAGGUCUGCAUCAUCGGCAAAGAAUCCCUUGACGAAUUGUCGGAUCUAGUCUCCUUGAUGUUUUCACCGAUACCCAACAGAGGAGCAACGCCACUGCCCACUAUCAACGAACAUCCAUUCGGGCCCAACGAAAAGGCUACAAUUGUAUCCGUGCAAACAAUCAUGGAUUUCCACGCCAUGGAGACGUCCUGGCCAUUAGCGUGGCAAGCGCCCCUUUGGCGAUACAAACCAGCUAAUUUCAUAUCUCAUUAUCUCGGACACGAGGGUCCAGGUUCUCUGCAUUCUUAUCUGAAGAACAAGGGCUGGAUAACAGCUCUGAGCAGUGGCCCGCAGAACCUUGGCCGCGGCUUCGCCAUGAUGAAAGUUACCAUACAUCUGACCAACGAGGGCUUCAGAAAUCACCGUUCCGUGAUGCUUGCGGUGUUCAAAUACCUUUCCCUCCUUCGUUCGUCAGCCAUUCCUGCUUGGGCUCAGCGAGAAACAAGCCUCUUGUCUCGCAUCCGUUUUCGCUUUCGGGAGAAGCGUCGUCCAGACGACUACGCUGUAUCUGUUGCUGAGUAUAUGUCCUGGCCGACCCCUCGCGAGCUCAUUCUCAGCGGCCCUGCGCUCGAUUGGGAGUGGAAGGACGAAGAGGGAGAGCGACUUGUCCGCGAACUCCUGAACACCUUGCGAGUCAGCGAAGGUCGUGCAGUAUUGAUGGCGCGAGGCGAUCAGCAUGCAUUGCUGAGAGAUGGUCAGGACGCGGAUUGGAAGCAGGAGCCGGUUUAUGGGACGAAGUUUCUGGUCGACAAACUUGACGCAGCCUUUAUGAAAGAGGCGGAAUCGGGAAAUGACAUCCAGGAACUCUUCCUACCGGGGCCGAACGAAUUUAUACCAACUAAUCUGGAGGUUGAGAAAACCCACGUGACUGAACCUUCGCGACGCCCGUUCUUGAUCCGAGACACUCAUUCGUCAACAUUGUGGCACAAGAAAGACGACCAGUUCUGGGUCCCAAAGGCUCAUGUCGUCAUACAGAUUUCUAGCUCGGCUGCGAAUACCUCUCCAAAGGCAUCGGUCAUGACAAGGCUUUACACAGAUCUGGUCAAGGAUUCGGUGAAUGAGUUCGCUUACAAUGCAGAAUUGGCGGGACUCGGAUAUGAUAUCGGAAGUUGGAGUAACGGCAUAUCGAUCUCUUUAUUCGGCUAUAACGACAAAUUGGCGGUGCUUGGGGAGCACAUCCUUGAACGCGCCCGACAUCUUCCCGUGAAAUCCGAUCGUCUGAAUGUCAUGAAGGAGCAACUGAAACGAGACUGGAAGAACUUCUUCCUCGGACAACCGUACUCGAUAUCUGACUACUAUGCCCGUGAUACGCUGUCGGAUCGCCCAUGGACCUUGUUGGAGAAACUCGAAGCCAUCGACUCUAUUUCGGCCGAGGACAUGCAGGAGCAUGGAUCCCAAUUAUUGAAGCAAACCCAUAUCCGAGGAUUAGUUGUGGGCAAUAUGAGCAAGCAACAAGCAACAAGUAUGAUGGAAGAUGUCGAACGCAUUUUGGGCUCGUCGGCUCUAGCAGCCGACGCUGCUCUUCUGCAUUGCCGCAUCCUUCCCGAAGGCUCCAACUACGUGUACCGCAUGCCAACACCUAAUCCGAACGAACCCAAUUCAAGCUUGACGUAUUACGUGCGCUUCGGUCCUACAACAGAUCGUCGCUUGCGCGUCAAGGCCGCUUUGCUUUCCCAUCUUCUUGCUGAACCUGCCUUCAAUAUCUUGCGGACAAAGGAGCAGCUUGGGUACAUCGUCUCUUGUGCGCCUUGGACACUCCUGGGCGAUGCAGAAACAGGAAUGCGGGUAGUGGUACAGAGCGAGCGCGGACCUGCGUAUCUUGAACGUCGCGUGGACGCUUUCCUUCGCGGGAUGAAAGAAAUCAUCACGGAGAUGACCGAUGCCCCUGAUGGUGAAUUUGAACAACAGAAGGCGGGCCUGGAGAAAAAAUGGCGGGAGAAACCCAAGAACCUGAAGGAGGAAUCGAACAGAUACUGGUCCCAGGUGGAGAAUAACUUCUUAGACUUCUAUCGUCGUGACCAGGACGCUGAUCUCCUUCGAAGUAUCACCAAGGCUGAGAUCCUCGACUUGUUCUCUUCCCGUGUCCACCCUGAUUCGAAGCAACACGCCAAGCUCUCUAUCCACAUGAAGUCCCAGAAGCAGCGUGCUGUGAAAUUGUCCUUCGAAGCACUGCAGGAGUUCGAGCGGUCGUUGAAGACAGCGGUCCCCGCUGACUCCAUUCCGCCCUCCUGGAAGGAGGAUCUUGGCGUCUCCGAAGCCACUGAUGAGGUGUCCGCGGUGGACCUCACAAAAUAUUGGCUAGAAAAAGCUGGAUCGAACUCGUUCCCCAAGGAAGGCGGUGGGACCGUGACUGCGCUGCUCAACACCAUUCCUGAACUCGCGCGCAAGCACAACACGGACCAAGACUCGGAAGAGCCUGAAACCGAAGCGCAGAUCAUCGAGGAUAUCAAGAAAUUCCGCGAUGGGCUACGGUUGAGCGCGGACGCCCAGCCUUUGGUAGAUUGGGGUGACCUCAACGGUGACGAAGCUAAAUUGUGAAGGCGAUAAUUUUUUAUACAAGUUGCGAGCUCCUUCUGAUACCAUGAUUGCGAUAUGUUCGAACGCACGCCCUAACGUAGAGAUUCU